UUCCCAUAAAAAAUAAUAAGCGCAUCGAAAGAUAUCUGAAAAAGGCCAGCGUUAACCCUCCCCUCAGCCUCCACAGAGAGCCAGAAACCCUAACAAAUCCCCUCAAUCAUUUCGAUUCAGUUCGCUUCAUCCCACCGUGUAUGAACGUCCUCCGUGAGUCUUUUCCAUCGUAAUUUGUCACAGUUUUCUCUGAUCCUUUCGCACCCCCCUCUCUCUCUCUUGGGUCUUCCUUAUCUCUCUGCGACUUCGCUCUUUCUUCGUUAUUUUACGGAUUGUUUCCAGGUUUACUUGCUGCUCUUUUUCUCUUUGAUUAAUGGCCACAUCUGUUGAUAUGUCUCUUGAUGAUCUUAUAAAAAGUAAUAGGGAGAGAGUAAGAGGACGGAAUAGGGGUGGUGGUGGCCGUGGCCGUGGCCACGGACCAAGUGGCUACUUACGUGGUGAAAGAAUGACUGGGCCUGUUCGAAGAGGUCCUCUUGCAGUGAAUGCUCGUCCAUCAUCCUACAUGAUUGCCAAGCCUGCUCGCAGAACCAGGAGAUUUCCGUGGCAGCAUGAUUUGUUUGAAGAUAGCCUAAGAGCUGCAGGGAUAGCUGGAGUUGAAGUUGGCACAAAGCUAAAUGUUUCCAAUUUGGACUCUGGUGUAUCCAAUGAAGAUAUAAGGGAACUUUUUGCUGAGAUUGGGGAUCUGGAACGUUAUGCUAUUCAUUAUGACAAAAAUGGUCGCCCUGGUGGCUCUGCUGAGGUGGUAUAUACUAGACGAAGUGAUGCCUUUGCAGCUCUUAAGCGAUACAACAAUGUUUUGCUUGAUGGAAAGCCUAUGAAGCUUGAAGUUGUAGGCGCCAAUGUGGAAAUUCCUGUUUCAGCUCGUGUGAAUGUAACCGGAGAAAAUGGAAGGAGGAAGAGAACGGUUGUUAUGACGCCUGGAGCAGGUCUAAACGGGGGUGGCUCUUCCAUAAACCGUGGUUCUGGCCAAAACCGUCGUUGGGCAAUGAGGAAUGGCCGUGGCCGUGGGGCUAUGGGGAAUGGCCGUGGCCAUGGGGCAAUGGGGAAUGGCCGUGGCCAUGGGGCAAUGGGGAAUGGCCGUGGCCGUGGCCGUGGUGCAGCACGGGGUUGGGGCCAUGGCUGGGUAAGGGGCCAUGGCCGUGGGAGGAAGCAACCUUUUGACCAGUCUGCUGAUGAUCUUAACGACGACUUAGAGAAGUAUCAUGCUGAAGCCAUGCAGACUUAGUAGACAUUUCCUGUGUUGGAGCUCUCAAAUAUAGUGCAGUUUUUUGCUAUUUAGCUGUGAUGGUUUGCUAGGUUGUUUGUAAUGGUGGUUCUUGCCCCUUUUAUUUUGCUCAAUUUAGUGGAUGCCCAGCUAGAAAUUUUUAUUGAAUGGUGCUACAUUGGCUGAGAGAUGUUUGCCAUUCUAGUGUAUAUUAAGUUGAUUGGAUGAGUUUUCAGUAUAUUUUGUUUGACAUGAUUUCCGGCAUAUGUUUACUACUUUUGUCAA